GGACCAUACAACCUACUCCAGUUAUGUUUCCACGAACGUACUGCACUCAACGUAGUUAAUAAUUUAACUAAAGAACAAAUAAGCAACGGUAUUAUAACGGCGUCUCUAGGCAAUUGGGCGUUGGCUAUAGCUUAUUACUGUAAUCAAAACAACGUAAGAAUAUUGGUAGUCUUUCCUGAAAAAACCUGCCCAAUAAUCAUAUCUAGAUGUAAAGAAUAUGGCGCUAAAAUUGUAUUAUUUGGUGAGGAUUUUGCAGAAGCAAAACGCCAAGCUUUUAUUUUGAGUGCCGAAAUGGGAUCUGUCUAUAUUAAUGGUUACGAUCAUCCAGAAGCAAUCGCUGGAUCGGGAAGCAUUGGUGUGGAAAUAUUGGAUCAGCUACCAGAAACUGAUGUCAUAAUGGUGCCCGUUGGUGGAGGAGGGCUGUUAAGUGGUAUAACAGAAUACGUUAAACACGUUAAACCUGAAACUCUUAUUUAUGGUGUGGAACCAAUCAAAGGCUGUUCUUUCUUCAAGGCAAUGCAGAAUAAUAAACCGUAUGCCACAGUUGGAACUCUGCCAUGUAUAGCUGAUAAACUUUUAAUUCCAAUGAUCGGUGUUAACGCAUUCUAUACAGCACACUCAAAUAUUUCCAAAAUGGUUUUGGUUGACGAUGAUUGGAUUAAUCGAGCUAUUUUAGAAUUAGGAGAGACUGAAAACAUUGUCGUCGAAGGUGCGGGUGCAACCAGUUUGGCCGCGUUAUUAGCGGUUCCCACUGUUCUACCAGAGUUGCAAGGUAAAACCGUCGUAUGUGUAAUAACCAGUGGCAACAUGGAUUCCAUCACAUUCCCUCGAUGUCUUCAACGAGGCAAGGCUAUAGAGGGUCGUUUAAUCCAAUUUAAGGUGAAAUUACCGUCUCAGUCGUCACGUGAACAAUCCCAAAUAUUUACGGCGAUAGCGAGCACAGGAUGCAAUCUUGUAGAAUGCUAUUAUGGACCUGCAUGGAUUACCUCUAACAGUAUUAAUUACAUAUGGUUGCAUUUGAAAGUCGGAGCCUUCGAUCUAGAACAGUCAUGUAAUCUAAAAAUAGUCAUGACGAAACUGUUUCCGGAUAUGUGCGAGUUCAUGGAAGAACCUUUCAGCCCAAUUCCUACUUGUGCUUGUUUCCCCAGAAAACGAUUUCAAAAUCCAAAUUGACCUCGUUCAAGUAACGCUAGUCAUAUGCAAAUGUUUAAACAAAUCCGCAAGUAGAUGUGUUUAAAGAGUAUGAUUUAAGAAGAUACAAAUAACUACGUUUAGCGUAGAAUGUGUGUUUUCUUAUUAGACGCCUCUGUACUUCCUGUGUUCUGUGUUUAGUGUACUAAAGUUUUGUUUCCAAGAAUAUAAUCACC